GUGAUAACAAACUGACAGUUGAUGGCACCGAGCGGCUCAAAAUUAUAAAAGCAUCGAGCGACAUGAUAUUGCUUGCAUUCGAUUAUAGUGUGACGAUACGUUUCAUGCACAGUGCAAAUGGACAACCAACAAACAGUAACCGAUAAAGCAGCGGCAGCAGCUGCAGCAACAAGCGAAGAAGCAGCAACGCCAACCAUCAACACUCUGGUUGAGACGAUAGCGGUCGACGAGGAGGUGGAGGUGGAAAUGGCGGAUGAGGAAUGGUGUGUGGUUGACAGCAGCGAUUCGCCGCCGGCAAAACGCGUCCACUUUUCUUCAGCGUGUGAAACGCCAAAACGUGGUGGAAAAGGUCGGGGCCACGGCAUUUAUUUUGCCGAUCAACGCGUCAUCGCUCAGGGCAGAGGAAGAGGCCGGCAAAUUGAUGCGGGUGGAGUGAGCGCGGAGUCAUCAUUGCAACAGUCCAGUCGUAAUAGUGGACACCAAGCUGAAGCAUCAUUGAUUCUGCUAGACGUGACAAACUCAACUCAACCGAGAGUCGUGAACGCUACUGCUAACAACGACAACGAAGCUGAAAACAUUGAUCCGCAAACCUCUUCAAAGCGGUAA